AUGGCACAAUUCAACGAGUUGAAGCAAAGCAUGGAAGAGCUAACGAACAAUUUUCAAGCACUUAUGGCCCGUUUGCAGGAUCCACCUCGUGAUAACGCAAAUGGAAGUCAUCAUGAAGAUGAAGUUGAUGAAACGGAAGAAGAAGCUGCUGCUCGACGUGCAAGAGAACAGCGAAGACGUAGAGAGCGAGCUGCUGCAAAUGCAAGAAGACCUCCACUUCCAGGACGUGGAAAUGGUGGUAGAGGUGUUGGUCGUGACCAUGAGAGAGGUCUUGGACUAGAGGAAAGUGGGAGUGAAGAGGAAGAAGACAAUGAGGUUGAUCAGCCCCAUCAUGAUGACCGUCGACGUCACCGCGGGAAUCGUGGGCGUAAUCAGCCCAACGAGGAGAGGUUUGGCAAGUUAAAAUUCACCAUGCCCAAGUUUGAUGGAGGGUCUGAUCCUGAAGCAUAUCUUACAUGGGAGUUGAAGGUGGAUAAAAUUUUUCGCUUGCACAACUAUUCUGAGCAGAAGAAGAUGGCCAUGGCUGCUCUUGAGUUCGAUGGCUAUGCUCUAAUCUGGUGGGAGCAAAUGCUAAAUGAUAGAGAAGAAGCUGGCCAAGGUGAUGUCCGUUCAUGGGCUGAAAUGAAGAGAGAAAUGAGGGCAAGAUUUGUCCCCAAACAUUAUCGUCGUGAUCUUUUUGACAAGCUACAGAAUCUGAAGCAAGGAAGCCUUAGUGUUGAUGAGUAUUAUAAAGAAAUGGAGAAGGCAAUGAUUAGAGCCAAUGUAUAUGAAGAUGAAGAGCAAUCAAUUGCACGUUUUAUGUCAGGGCUGCAUCGUAAUAUUCAGCGUAUUGUUGAAUUUCAGCAGUACCGCAAUCUUAUUGAGUUGGUCCAUCAAGCAAGCAAAGCUGAACAACAGUUGCAGCAGGACAUGAAGUCCAAUAGAGGAGUAUCUUUCAGCUCGAGAAGUGCCCCAAGUGGAAGCAAAUUCACACCACGAGGUAGUGCAAGUAGAGGUUCAAUUUCCAACUCAAGUGGUGGUGCACGCUCAAGCAAUUUUGGUGCUUCUAGUGGUAAAGAGUUGGCUGCUCCAAAUGAGAGGAACAAAUCAGCAAACUCAUCAUCUACUUCAGUGGGUUCUUCCACCAAGAGUAGUGGGAUUCAAUGCUUCAAGUGUGGUGGUCGUGGUCAUGUUAUAAAGGAGUGUCCAAAUAAUCGGACCAUUAUUGUAAAUGACCAAGGAGAGUAUGAAUCUGCUAGUGAUGAAGAACAUGAAGAGAUUGAAGAGGAAGGUAAUCUGGAGCAGGACAUCUGUGAAUUUGAAACUGGAGCUGCUCUUGUUGUAACUCAAAUUUUGAGUGUGCAAAUGAGUGAAGCUGAAAAUGGACAGCGGCACAAUCUUUUCCAAACCAGAGCCAAGGUUGAAGACAAGGUGUGUAAAAUAAUCAUUGAUGGUGGAAGCUGCCACAAUCUUGCUAGCAAGGAAAUGGUUGAAAAGCUUGGUUUAAAGCUGCUGAAACAUCCUCAUCCUUAUCAUGUGCAAUGGCUAAAUAAUUCAGGUUCAAUUAAGAUUGCACAUAGAGUGAAAAUUUCUUUCAAGAUUGGUGAAUAUAUUGACACCGUGGAGUGUGAUGUGGCACCCAUGACAGUGUGUCAUAUGCUGCUAGGAAGACCAUGGCAAUAUGAUCGGUCCUCUCUACAUUGUGGUCAGACCAAUCAAUACACCAUCAAGUGGAAGGGCAAGGAGUAG